AUGACCGACACAAUGAGUUCUGCCGGUCAAAUGGAGCUAUCGCUCAAAGAUAAUGGACUCAUUGUUGAUAUGUCAACGACAGCAUCACUCUUGCAUCACAAUACAUUAGCCUCACACGCUCAUGCCUUGCGUAGCCUUAAGGAACACCAUCAUCACCAGCAGCAGCAACAGCAGGCACUUCAGUUGCAUCACAGCUCCGAAGAUCAAUCAUCGUCGUCGUCGGAUAAUGGUGGCGAGAAACCCAUCUCGACACCAGUAACAGCCAAUGUCAGUAUAUCGCCAACAAAUCUCUCAACGAACCACAACAACAAUUCAAAUGCCUCCAAUAAUCCUACAACAUUCCGCUGCGAACGCUGUGACAAUUUCGAGACCAGCUCCCGAGCCACAUUGCUCUUGCAUGUAGUCCAAUGUCUGUCGAAUUCAGCUGCGGCCGCAGCACGCCUUAAAAAUGAAGAUGUCGAUAUCGGAGGUGGUGGUGGUGCGGAUAAUCCGGCAACGAGUCCCGAUCAUCGUUCGGGUGGUUCGGUGACACCCGUCAGCGGUGGGGGUGUGAUCAGCGCCAUUGCCAAUGGUAGCAAUUGCACGGCCCCAGCCAAUUCAACAAAUCCGUCUCAGCCAACAGCGUCGUCCCGCAAGGUGUUCGAAUGCGAUGUCUGCAAUAUGAAAUUUUCGAAUGGUGCAAAUAUGAGACGUCAUAAAAUGCGACACACCGGUGUCAAGCCUUAUGAGUGUCGAGUGUGCCAAAAGAGAUUCUUUCGCAAAGAUCACUUGGCGGAACAUUUUACCACACACACAAAAACGCUGCCGUAUCAUUGCCCGAUAUGCAAUCGAGGUUUCCAGCGUCAAAUUGCCAUGCGGGCCCAUUUCCAAAAUGAGCAUGUGGGCCAGCAUGAUCUUGUCAAGACAUGUCCGUUGUGCAGUUACCGGGCUGGUUCCAUGAAAUCACUGAGAAUACAUUUUUUCAACAGACAUGGCAUUGAUUUGGACAAUCCCGGACCGGGCGGUUCAUCGUCGCUGUUACUCGCUCUGGAGUCACAGGCAUCACAGGUGGCUGCUGCCGCUGCUGCAGCCGGUUAUGUGCCGACUGGUCUGAAUGCCGUUGCAGCAGCGGCUGCAGCUGCUGCCAAUGCUGCUGUCAAUUCGAAUGCGGCCAUUGUCUCGGCCGCCAACAGUAUGCCCAGCCACCAGAGCGACAGCGGCGAAUCGCUACGCUCCCUGGAGAAUGCAACACCGCCAAUGCAUUUCCUAACGCCCCAUGUGGAGAUCUCAACACUACCCGACAAUGGCCUCUCGGAUAACGCAAUGUUCAAUGUAAAGCAAUGUUCCAAUUCUAAUGAUUCUCUUAUGUCUGUAGUAAACUCAUUGACUUCCUCUACUUCAUUCUAUACUCGUUCGUCCGUUGAGAAUGUCCUCUUAUGCGUUUUGCGUGCAUUUGAUUUGCAGGGUCACAGCAGCACCAACAACAACACCACAGCCAACAACAACAGCAAUCCCAGCAACACCCCCAACAGCAGCAGCGGCAGUAGUAACAUUUGCAGCAGUGGCAACAACAACAAUACGACCACAUCAUCGGCAGGCAGUACCACGGGAGAUGUUAUGGGGCCGAUGGAUCGUGACACCAUUAUGGAGUCGCCGGUGCCGUUGACCAUAAAUAUGCCACCACAAGAACAUCCAUUAGAUUGUAAUGCCAAAUCGUUGCCUUCGAGUACCAGUAGCAGUGCCAGCAGCAGCGGCGGCGGUAUGGGACCUGGUUCUGGCGGAGCCCUGUGUGGUGCCUUGACUUCCGUAUCACCGAAAAAUCAUCAUGAUAAUCACAUAACACCGUCGAUUAGUCUCAUACCCAUAAAGCAGGUCAGUGAACCACCCAGCGAGGAUACUGUGAAAAAUUCCGUCAAUGGCGGUGAGACCAUGAAUGGUGGUGACAGCAGUGAAUCGGAAUUCUCUGCACCCAAUACGAGACUAACAUCACUGAUUAAGGUUUCACCCCUGAAAUCAUUGCUGCGGGAAGAUCUGAAACGCCGCAUUUGUGCCAAGGCCAAUAAUCGUAUUACCCGCAAUGCUGCCUCCAUGGAAAACAAUAAUGUGAUACAAAGCAGUUUGACACCGACCUGUGGAACUGCCACUUCGUCCACUACGCCGAUUUGCAAUGGCACGAUAACAUCGACCGGGCCCGAAAACGAUUCGGCUGGUCUGAAUCGCAAACAAAUACUCACUUGCCUCUUCUGUGGCAUUGAAUUUCCCGACGAGACGCUGUACUUCCUGCACAAGGGUUGCCACUGUGAAAGUAAUCCCUGGAAGUGUAACAUUUGCGGGGAACAGCUGAACAAUGUGUACGAAUUCAAUGCUCAUCUGCUGAGCAAGAGUCAUCAAUAGCAACCAAUGCAUAAGGGUGUCUUGACAUCGGGCGGGAA